CGCUCAUCUCUGCCAGUGUGCUUCGUUCAUUCUCGAUCCCAUGGUCUCCUCCGAAUCCAUUUUCAAGAAUAUUCGAGUCUAUUGGCUGGCGUUUGUGACUUAUUGGGGAAUCAUACUCUUCGGAUACGACACGGGGAUCGCCUCGGGAGUCGUCACCGCCCCAAUCUUCCUGGAUCAAUUUGGUCUGAACAACGCGGACGGGACACCAAACAAGAAGAAGAGCAACAACAUCUCGGAAAACGUCGUGGCUGUCCUCCAAGCCGGGGCAUUCUUUGGGGCGCUGGGAAGCGCGCUAAUUUCGGCGAGAUUCGGCCGUCGAUACACACUUAUCGGCUUUUCAGGUGUCUUCAUCCUCGGCGCCAUUCUGACUACCGUGGCCAAAGGCGGGUCACAGGGUCUGGCGGAGAUCUACGCGGGACGCGUCAUCACGGGUAUUGGGAUUGGCGGGAUCUCCGCCGUCGCCCCCGCUUUCGUUUCCGAGUGCUCUCCGAAAGAGGUCCGCGGACGGAUCACCGGUCUGUUUCAGAUAUUUGUCGCGUUUGGGGUGAUGAUGUCCUACUGGGUUAACUACGGGAUCGCCCUGCAUGUCAAACCAGGCCCCAAGCUCUGGCGCAUCCCUUUCGGAAUCCAGCUCAUCCCCGCCGGCGUCAUGCUUCUCGGCCUGCUCACAGUCAGAGAAUCCCCGCGCUAUCUGGCAUCCGUUGGGCGCACGCAGGAAGCUCUUGACAAUCUCGCGUAUCUGCGCCGCGAGCCUCCCACGGCCGACGGUGUGAUCCACGAGAUGGCGGAGAUCGAAGCGGCCAUCCAGGAGGAGCGCGAUGCGAGGCGGGAGCUGGGGUUGAAAGAGGCGUUCCUGGGGAAGGGGAAUUGGGUCCGCUUCGUUAUCGCAAUCGUGAUUUUCUUGUUACAGCAGUGGUCCGGUCAGAAUGCCGUCAACUACUACGCGCCGCAGAUCUUCGCCUCGAUCGGGUACACUGGCAGAAAGAACGGAUUGCUUGCAACUGGAAUCUAUGGCGUGAUCAAAGUGGUCGCCACCGCGAUAUUCGUCUUCCUCGGGGUCGAAUGGCUGGGCCGUAAAGCAUCGCUGUUCAUUUCGGCGGUGGGCAUGGGAACCUGCUUCUUUAUCAUAGGUUCCAUUCUCAAAACUCACCCGCCCCCCGCCACCAGCGCCACCGCGGCUCCAGUAGGUAAUCCACCCGCUGCGUCGAAGGCCAUGGCGGCCAUGCUGUAUAUCUUUGUUUGCUUUUAUUCGAUGGGGUGGGGUCCGCUUCCCUGGGUCUACUGUGCUGAUAUAUUUCCCACUCGGACACGACACUUCGGGUUAGCGGUCGCUAGCGCAUCACAAUGGCUUUUCAAUUUCGUGCUCACGCGUACGACUCUGCAAAUGGAGACGAAUCUCGGCUACAAGAUAUAUCUGAUGUUCGGAGCCAUCAAUAUCGGUGGUUCCGCGGUCUUCUCGCUCUUCAUCCCCGAAACGAAAGGCCGCUCGUUGGAGGACAUGGAUGUCAUUUUCGGCGCAGUAUCACGAGAGAAGAGACAGGCAGAUAUUGCCAAACAGGAGCAAGAACUGGACGUCCGAGAUGGUUCGGAAAAAGCUUGAGCCGUGUGGUGUUUUGUUGAUCGGAACUUAUCUGCCCAAUCCCAUCCUGUUUGUCAAGUGUGACCACGUGCUACUUCAGUCAGUGACUCGUUUGUUUCAAAGUCCAACCAUGUAUGGGAAAGUGAAUUUCCUA